CCGGGGGGCUCUGAUGUCUGCUGCUCUGUUCUUGCUCCAGCUCCGGAGGACGCCGCUCCCGCGGCCUCGAGUCCAAAGCCCGUGGGGCCCCCGCCGCUGGGGCCGGCGAGCCCGGCGCUGCGGGAGGGUGCCGUGAGCCGAGUCACAAGCGGAGCUGCGGAGGAGCACGACGGUGGCAGCCCGAGCGCGGAGGACGUGAUGGCCCCUCUAACCGAGGCUCUGGGCACCUGCCGGGCCUGUGUGCGGAAACAGGUUUGUGAUGACAUCAGCAGACGCCUUGCUGUGCUUCAGGACAUGUGGGCCCAGGGGAAGCUGUCUGCCCCUGUGAAGAAGAGAAUGGCCAUCCUGGUGCAAGAGCUACAGAAGAAGAACUGGGACUCCGCAGAUGAAAUCCAUCGCUCGCUUAUGGUGGACCAUGUCAAUGAAGUCAGUCAGUGGAUGGUGGGAGUUAAACGCUUAAUUGCUGAGACAAGGGACUUGCCCCCUGGAGUUGUGGCUGCAGAUACUGAAGAAAUUGCUGGAGCUCAGCCAAGUGGAGAAGCUUAGUGAGAUGGGCAAAGCCAUGGGGACUUGAGCUGCACCUGGGAAAACUACACUCUGAGGUAUUGGGAACAUUAUACAGCACUAGUGGAAGAAGGAUGGGACUCCUCCAUCUCCCUCUGCUGCUCCAAGGACCUGAUCCAAGACAUAUUCUCCAAGGGGAGCUUUUUAAUUACCAGUUCAUCUUGUGACAAUGUGCUGCACACUAUUUAAUAAUAGUAAUAAACAAUAUAAUUCCUCUAUGUCUAAGCCUCUGAGCUAACUCAGAGCCCAGUGCUGAGGGAGCCCCUGCAGUCAGUAGGUUCUAUGGUACAAGAUGAGGGAGCACUGCAGGGCCCUGAGGGUAACUGGCAUUACAGAAGCUUCACAAAUAGCAGAAGCACUAUAGCCCUGCAUGGGACACCUGACCAAGGCACAGAUGUUGGCUGAGUCUAAUGUGCCCCAGGACCUGACAGUAGGUGUGGCUAGAAAAGGAGGAAUGUGCUGGCCACUCCUGAUGCCUGCUGCAGUUCAAUGGAGCAAUCGGACACAAGCAGCAAGUGGGGGUGAAAGUCUGGCCCUGAUCUUCCUAGGAGAGCAGGGCUGAGACAAAGCUGACCUCUUCCUUGCAAAAUCAAGCACCACUGGGCACAGGCAAGGCCAAGCCCUGGGAUUGCAGGGCUCAUGGGUGGUUCCUGGGGUUUGCAACAUAUCAGACCUUUCAGCAGUCCCCAAGGCCCCCACAGGCUGAAAUGCUGCUCCCAGCUUGUGGACCAAUCAUUUUGCUGUAGCUCUUUAAGAAGCCACUCUGCUGCCCUCAUAUUUUGGCCCUGGAAAGGAUAGGAGCUUCACCUGCCCAUCUCCACUCGGAGAAAGUUCUGUCAGCCCCAAAGAGAUCCUUGGGAAGCAGUGUGUGGAGCCUGUCUGUGGUUUCCUGAUAGCUCACGUCUGGGCAAAGCUAAAAAUAAGCUGAGUCCUGAAGUCCUCCACAUUCCAAACGGCCUUAAGUCACAAAAAGGACUUCCCAGGCCUCAGAGCUGCUUGGACUACACCAACCCAACAGGGUGCUCCUUGUUGCAGUGAUGGGGGUGGGGGGAGGUCUUCCUGCUGUGGGUCAUUGAAUGCGAAGAUCUACAAUAUCCCACCCUGCCCUAGAGGUGCCACAGGGCCCAGCAGUAC